AUGCUGGGGACGCUGUUUUUCGAUGAGUCGCGCGUCAGUACGGCAUUUCGGGCGCGUGUGCGUCAGCAAGCGGGGGCUUCUCAUGAGUUGAGUGCGACCAGGCACGGUCUGUCGAACACCAGCCUUCCAGUCUCGGCGACGCACGACGGUGUAGCGCGCCUACAUGACGGUGGUGGCCUCGUGCCGGCGCACGGCUGCACCUUUAGCUGCCGCGGCGAGGUGGCGUUGCCGUCUCUUCAAGCUGCAUUGCUCUGGUGGCUGGACGCCGAUGUGAAUGUGGUUCAACUGCUUGUCAUGAACAAUACGCAGAGCAGCAAAGCCGCCCGAAGCUGUCAGUCUCGCCUCUUGACUGUUGAGCUGCCAGUUGCCUCUCCAGAGAACCUCGUGACGUGCGGCGUGACUCGCAGUUACAUGGGCGAUAAUGGUGUUGCGGUCGUUUGGGUUCAGCGCGGCGUUUCCGGGGAUGGCGGUGAGGAGGUGCUGUGCCCUGGUUUUGCGCACGUGACUGUGCAGCGUGAGGCGGACAACACCGGCCACAGCAAUCUCCUGCUCUACCCAGAUGACCGAGUUGUUCAAUGCGCACCGCUGUCCCGCGUCUCGAGCUCCUUCUUCCAGAGUGCCUUAGCCUGCAGCGGCAGUGCUGCCUGCGUCGUUGCGGCGUUGCCCGACGAUGCAACGCAGCACACCAUUUCCAUCGUUGUUCUCACGGAUGGCUCGCGUGUCUGGCGCGCCGAGCUGUUCGCGGAUGGCACCACCGCUGUCAGUGGGUUUCGAGACGAGUACCGGCGCAACAUGCUCCGGUCCUUCUGUGACGGCAACGAGGAGGUGCGGCUGCUCGACACACGUAGUGUUGUCGCCGACCUGCAGCGAUUGGCGAGCCCGCCAGCGUCGAACGCGCCAUCCUUCGCUGAAUCUGGGGCGGAGGAGGGGAGCACAUCACCUCGCGGUUCUACGUGGAUUCGCCGGCUGCUGGGUAGCGGCGGUCGCGCAGGGGCGAACGUUGUCGAUGGCGGCGACGGGGCCGCCUCUGGCGUGGUAGACGUGGCUCUGUCUGCCGUCGUCCGGAAGCGACUUUACGCUGCUGUCACGGCCGUCCAGCAAAGCUGGUUUGUUGCGCUGACGCGAUGGAACGGCCAGUUGGAGGUGUAUGACACAGCCAGAGGCACCCUGAAGUUGACCCAGACUUACCCGAUUGGAAUACUCCCCCAGACGAUACUCCGCCCCAUCGAUGGCGGCUUCUCAGGCCGUGGGGCGAAAGCACUGGACGGGAAGAGCCAGCUCUGCGCGCUACCUCCGGGGCCUCUCGCACAGUGGGCCACGCUGUGCUCCACAACACAGCUGCUGCACGUCGUCUCGUGCUGUAGCGGCGGAGGGGGGCGUGCGUGCUUCUGGAGCGCGCUCCCACCCCUGGCGCCGUCGUCCUCGAGGAUCGUCGGGUUUGAAGCUAGCGACGCUGGCGAGAUUCUGGCGCAGCACUGCACGCUGAGCGUGGCGCCGCCAACGCAAUCCAGCUUUCCACUCGCGUGUGCAGUGACAUCAGACGGGCGAAAAAUGAUCCUCGUGAGUGAAGUUGGUACAGAGGAGGAUGGGCACUUGCUGUGCACCCGCACUCUCGGCGCACUGACGCUGCGCUGCGACCACGCUCACGAGGACGGAGUGGCAACGGUGUUGCAGGUGAUGGAGGCGGGCGAUGGCACUGGGUUUGGUGACCUGCUGCGCACGGGCCGCAUGCACGGAUAUCUCUGCCAGGGUGCGCGCAUGCAGAGCGUCGUCGCGCAGGAUAACGCGGUAUUUGUGGUGGAGCGCGGCCCGCAGGCGUGCCGGCUCGUUCUUCAAGCGUGCCCGCAUGGAUCGCGGCUCAUGUCGGAUCUGCUGCAGGAUGUCCUCCUCGCCACGACCCCCAUAGCACGGCUCUCCUCGCUACCACGCUUUCUAAGCGAGGCACACCUUAGCGGGUACACGGCGGCGCUGCAGCGCAACGCGACUACAACGAAAGCCUCUGUCUGCUCAGCCAUUCGUAUGGCGCUGUUGCCACCUGCGACGGCUGCAGCUGGCGAGACGGCACACGCGCUUUACCGCUUCAGCCGCCUCUACGCAACGCACGCCACCCUCGGCGAGCUGCUGUCUCGGAUCACUUUUCUGACAACCACGUAUUUGGGCUGGCAGAGCACCUACUCUGUUGCGCACGCGCUGUCCUCGACUGGCGAGGACGACGCCACACUGAGCACGGCGGAUUGGGUGUCGCACCAGCUCAUCACAGCCCUGGAGGUGCUGGUGGCUGCUUACCAUGCUGUGCCCGCCGCCGGUGCCGAUCUUGUUCAGCUUGCCCUUGUCGACGAUAGCAGCAGUCAGCCAUCGUCCAACGCUAUCGUGGCGGCAUUGCUGCCAACCCUGACCGAUACAGCGGGUUGCGACGACGACUCUGUUGCCUGUGGCUGGGAGUUGAGCACUCUCUCCAUGAUACAGGUGGCGAACCGUCUGCUCCGCUGCGGCACUCCCUCCAUGGCGCGCGCGCGCGCUGUCUGGGUCAAGCAGCUUACCCACCGCUUCCCUCUCCUGCAGCACUACCAGCUGCUGUCGCUGCUGGAGACAGCUGCGGUUUCUACGCAGUCCGAGCGUGCAAUCGCGCUUUGCGAGCGUGUGUGCCAAGCACUGGCUAGAGAGGCACCAGGCGAUCUCACGACGGCGCUUUUGCUGGAAGGCUUGCUGCUCACGGACGUCUCCGGCCCCGGCUCCGCGUUCCUUCAGCUCUCCCUCGAUGAGGUAGCCGCGUUCCUUGCGGCCGACCCAACUCUGGGGCCGAAGCUCUACGCUGUCGGUGUGCUGCGUCGCACCAUCUCGGUCGGAUCGCUGCAGACGUGUAUGAGCCACUGUGUCACUCACAGGUACAUGUACACCACCCUCGCGACGUGCGUCGAGGCGGUGGAGCGGAUGCACAGGUGCGCUUCGGUCACUGCUUCCACGCCGACGCUGGCCCCUUUUUCACAGUUGCGACGUGCUCUGGAGGAGCUCCAGGUGGAUGCGCUACUGGCGAGCGCUUUCGCCAGGGUUUCGGGGGGUGAUAUCGCGAGCUGCUUCCAUGAUGUGCAGACUGCGCUCGACCUUAUAGCACGCCACAAAUGCCUGCCAUCAUACGCAGAGCUGUUGCAGGUGAUUCUUAGCCACAUUGUCGAAGUUGCUUGCGCGUCGCAGGCGAGCAUGAAUGCGCUGCUGCGCGCCACCACGAUUGGCGCAGCGCAGCUCGAGGAGUCGCUGAUUCUGCGUUGGUACAACUACAUUGCGCGCCUGCCGACCAAGAGUGCUACGGAGGCGACCGAGGCGCUGCGAUACCGUGCCAUCAUGGGUUUGCAUCGCUAUUUGAUGAACCGCCACGACUACGCCCAGUGCGCACGGCUCAUGUCGAGCCUGGCCACGCUCAUCCGCUGCUCGCCGCUGCGCCGCAGCGCGUCAGCCGGGAUCUCGGUGAGCGAGCUGGCCGGGCUUGCGCUGCACGCGGCGGAAAUGAUCGCUCCUUCUGCGCCUAUGCCAGAGACGGCAGGUGGCGAGCAGGGUGAGACCAGUCAGGCUGCUCCCCAAGGCGCGUCCCACGACCCGGCGCUUAUGGUGGGCUCGCCGUUGUCGCUAGGGUAUUCAUGGCAGCCGUCAGCCUCGGCAUCUCCAGCUCCUUUUGACCUCAAUUCGGCCACUCUCGGUGCGACGGCGCGUGGCCCUCGCUGGCUGACGCGCGCAGACAUUCCCUGUUUGCGCCGCCGCCUGUACCAGGCCCACUGCGAGCGUCAGCUGUGGCGUCGUGGCUGCACGCUGGACUGCACUGACCUGUGGGUCGAGGGUGCGCCAGCGGACGCCUACCAGGCCGGCGUGGAGAAGCUUGUGGCCGCACUCAUGCAGGCACGCCUUUGGCCACAGGCCUUUCGCUUUGCAUGCCUGUCGGCUGUAUACGACCCCUGCACGGUGCUGGCCGAGUGGGCGGUGAACCUGCUGCGCGCUCCGCGAGAGUACGGCAGCGAUGACAUCGCUGCGGCUGAGGCCGCGCACGCUGACCUGACCACGGAGUGGACUGAGCUCAUCGGCUACUGCGGGGAAAUCUCUAACCUCGAGAACCAGUUCUACGCGUACGUGCGCACCGUCACCGCGGCGUUGACGUUCGCCUACUCGCAAGUACCAACAGCGCUGCUUGAGGCUCAUCGGGCGGCUGACGCUUACACUGCCAUGACGACGCUGUUCCAUGUCGCGCUGAUGCUGCGCAGGCAGGUGGAAGCGGUUGAACUGGGGCAGCAGCGCAACGAGGAGGACGGAGAGGACAAAGAGGAUGCAGAUGAGUUCUCGUCGUCUUCCUCGAACCGCGAGGCGGGGCGCACUGCUGCCGACCACGACGCAGAGAAACGAGACGAGAUGUCCCUAGAGGACAUACGAUGCAACGUGUGGCGGGCCUGGUGCGCGUCAGCGCGAAUUGGUAUUGACAUGGUCGCUGAGCGUCAGCCGCGCCCUGCUGCUGCUGCUUUGUACGGGCGAACUGUCGGCACAAUGAGGGGUGCUGGCGAUGUCGUGGCGGAGGAGGAUGCGGCCCAGAUACAUUCUGAUGUCGUCGUGGCCGGAACCGUGUCAACUGCCUCGUCGGCCGCGCGCAGGACGUUUUCUGCUUUCACGGCUGGCGCGCUUGAUCCGAUGGCGGUGUGCGCGAGCGAGCUGCUGAGGAUUCCAGCCUAUCGUGCUUCCCUCAACCUGGUCGCGCGAGGUGAGGCGACGGUGCGUCAGUUCCAGGACCUCAUGGGGCGACCUUGUAGCUGA